AUGUCAUCACACUUCGAGUUCUCUCAGUCAAACGAAACGCUUGGCGCACGCAAUGGUGCCAUUGCGGUGCUCUCCUCUCAGAACACGUUUGGUGUCGCGGAGACAGGACCACCCGGGAUCUCCUUCUUGACAUUUUGGGCCCGCCCGCCUACUUGCAACAUCACUGCCCAUCUCAGCGAUGGCGGCAUCAAUGUGUCGUAUCACAGUCCUGGUGUCAACCACAUGUGCGCCAGGAAGUCGGUAGCCGUCAACUGGUCCCUCUCAACACCAUAUAUUCUUGCUCCCCAGCGAACCAGGCUACUUCUAUUUUCUUUUCAAAGCUCUGGCAAUACUACGGUGUUUGAGGACUCACAAAGACUCAGAACUCACUACGGGGUAUCAGAGUUAAUAGCCCGUACACCCAGAAGAUUGGUCCAUCCAAACGAGUUUUUGAUGGCACUCAUUGAGUUGCCUCGACGCAUGAGAUGGCGGCUAAGUCAAUAUACCUAUGUAUUUGCUCUUACAGCCACAUUUGCCGCUCUCGACGCUUGGAACAUCGGUGCCAAUGAUGUCGCCAACUCGUUCGCAACGUCAGUCUCUUCCCGGUCUCUGACCUUGAAGCAGGCCAUGGCCUUGGCAGCUGUCUGUGAAUUAUCUGGAAGUGCAACCGUCGGCAGUCGAGUAGCUGAUACGAUCCGCACCAAAAUCGUCGACCCUCACCAGUAUGACUCCUCGCCUCCAGCCCUCCUGCUCGCCAUGAUGUGCACAGUGUUGGCAAAUUCGACUUUCCUCACCGUGGCCACACGGUAUGGCAUGCCGGUUUCCACUACGCAUGCCAUGGUUGGCGGGCUGGUAGGCACAGCCAAUAGUCGAAUUAUCAGUUACGCAGGUUCUGUUGUCCGUUGGCAUCGCAGCCGCUGGCGCUACAUUACUGCAAAUGACGUUUAUCAUGCCAUAUCUCUGGAUACGAAUUAUGCGUCAGGACUGGACCUUGAAAUGGUAUCAUGUCUUUCAGGGACUUUGGCUUUUACGACGACAACCACCUCCGCCGACUCCUCCUGGACAUACAUUCUCGAGCAUCGAGAUUUGACUGACAACCGAGCAGAAUACGUGUACUCAUCACUCCAAGUCCUCACCGCGGCUGCAGCAUCAUUCACACACGGAGCCAACGACGUCUCAAACGCAAUUGUCCGCUUCUCAACUGCAUACCAAGUGUGGUCAACAGGGACCAUCCCCGAUCUUGUCAAUAUUCCCAUUUGGGUGCUUUGUUUUGGCGGUGGAGGGAUUGUGCUCGGCCUGCUGACGUACGGGUACCACGUCAUGAGGACAUUGGGUAAUCGACUGACGCUUAUUUCGCCGAGUCGAGGAUUCUGUAUGGAACUCGCCAGCGCCGUUACUGUCCUCACGGCGACCAAACUCUCGCUGCCUGUGUCCACGACCCAGUGCAUCACAGGAGCCACGGUGGGCGUCGGCCUGGCAAAUGGAGAUUGGAGAUGUAUCAAUCCGAGGUUGGUGGGAUGGAUAUUCUGGGGCUCGUACAUUACCGUGCCAGUCACGGCAUUGAUAUCCGGCUGUCUGAUGGGCUUGAUUCUGUAUGCACCCAAGUGGUGA